GAGACCUGCUCCACACGCGCCAAACGUGCACUCGGUCUCUGUCCACGCCGUCAGGCCAGCCAACUCCUGCGUUUGUUUGUUCCUGCGUAGCGCCGUAGCGUAGCGGCAGAGGUCACUGGUCCGGCAGGCAGGACAGGCCACACCUGACACAGUGACACCACACCCGAAGUCCCGACGAGAUCGCGAUGGCGUCGGACGGAGGCGGCGGGGGAGGCGGCCUUGUCUGCGUGACCGGCGGCAGCGGCUUCAUCGGCUCGUGGCUCGUCCGCCUCCUCCUCGCCCGCGGCUACACCGUCCACGCCACCGUCAGGAACCUCCAGGACGAGGGCGAGACGAAGCACCUGCAGGCCCUGGAUGGCGCGGGCGCGCGGCUUCGGCUGUUCCAGAUGGACCUCCUCGACCCGGCCUCCGUGCGGCCGGCGGUCGAGGGCGCCCGCGGCGUCUUCCACCUGGCCUCCCCCGUCAUAUUGCACCCUACACAAGAUCCCCAGAAAGAGCUGGUGGAGCCCGCGGUGAAGGGCACGCUUGGCGUCCUCCAAGCCGCCAGAGACUGCGGCGUCGGCCGUGUUGUCAUGGUGUCGUCGCAGACGGCCAUGGUGCCGAAUCCCAACUGGCCUGCGGACAAGGUCAUCGACGAGGAUUCCUGGGCCGACAUCGACCUGCUCAAGGAACUCCAGCUUUGGUACAGCGUGUCUAAAACACUGGCAGAGAAGGCCGCGUGGGACUUCGCCGAGGAGCAGGGGCUGCAGCUCGCCGUGCUCAAUCCAGUACUGGUGUUGGGGCCAACAUUGACGCCCUCGAUCACUGGCAGUCUCCAAGUAUUUCUGCAGAUUAUGAAGGGCCAGAGGUUUGACAUGGACGAGUACUUCCUUGGCUGUGUUGACGUCCGGGGCGUGGCGCAGUCGCUCGUAGCGUUGUAUGAGAACUCGUCGGCACAGGGACGCCACUUGUGCGUGGAAUCCACUGAACGGAUGGUCGAUUUCACCAACAAGCUUGCCGACCUUUACCCUGAACUUCCGGUUCAAAGAAUCCAAGAGGACAAACAAGAGUGGGUGGUGCGAGCAAAGGACCCGUCCAAGAAAUUGAUCGAGUUGGGUGUUCGUUUCAUUCCAUUUGACAGAAUCAUCACGGACACUAUGGAUUGCUUCAGGAGCAAAGGACUCAUCUAGCUUAUCACGUGGAUUUCUUCAGGAGAAAAAUUGCUCAUCUAGGUUGAUUUGAAUGUGAUGGUGGUGGAUCAAAAACUGCUGCUAUAUGAAAGUUCUCUAGUCGAAAAUAAGCUGCCACAACACAAGGACAUCUCUGGAUGGUGUUUGUUUUCCAGUCCGGAAAAAAAAAGCUAAAAUCGAUUACCUCGUUUUCAGAAUCAGUCAGAGUCUCUCCGUAUUGAACUGGUUUGUAACUUCAACCACUACUGAGCGCCACCGGGGUUUUUGAGAGAUCAAGUUGAGAUGUGCCUUAUUCUAUUUGUGAUAAGUAAUUGAUUGGCUGAUUUGAAGCUUUAACGCUUGAGUCCAUAUUUCA